AAUACCUGAUGACGGCGCCGCCAGUUUGACGGAGAGAAACUCCACAGCACAACCGAAACGUUUCGGGAUUGGCGUUCUGUUUGAGCCCGAUGGAGGUUUUGAAAUGACGGGAAGGUGGUUUGAACAUCAUUUUUCUGCCAUCAUUUUGAUGAUGGGAGAGAGAGACCGGAGGGGGAGGGGGAGGUCUGAGAACUUCAACGAACAAGAAGGUUUUUUGAACUAUGCUGGUGUUGAGAUGAACGGGAUGAGGGUAAUAUUGGGUUUCAAAAAAUUUUAAUAGGUUACGUGGGGUCGAGCAUACGUUAAUGGUAAUGAUAGAGAAUAAUUAAGGAUAGUUUAAUUAAACAGUAAAGUUAGUCAAUUAAGACAUUUACUCUUUUUUUCUCAGCAUUGUAUAUUUGUAUGAGCUAUAUAUCCUUAGUCACCAUACACUCAUACACAACCAAACUUCUGUUUCAGACUUUCAGUUCUUCUGUUCCGUUCUUGAGCAUUUCCGGAUCUUUCUGGUUCUCUUUGCCUCUCUCAUUUGCAACCUCUAAUAUCGUUCCUGUUGCACGUGAAUCUUCUGAAUUUCUGUGCGUUGCAUCCUUUUCUUCUUCUUCUUCUUCUUUCCUUUGCUAGUUUUGAACUGCUUAUUUAUUAGUAGGGCCUUCUUCUAAAUAAUGUAAUCUUGGAGGUCUUAGUUCUUUGAUGCCCAUUUGCACUAAGCUGUUGUAAAUCACCUCGAGUUAGUCUACGGUCAUGGAUCCUCGCUAAUUUCUCAGCAUCUGCUCUGUUGCUUCAAGCUUUUGUAGUUUUUCAAGGUUUUCCGUUUCGAUUAGGUAAUGCCCAUUUGCUUCAAAUUGUUCUAACCAGUCCUAAUAUCACUUUACAAGCAUGGGUUUUCGUUAGUUUCUCAGUUCCUAAUCUAUAGACACCUGAGUUCCUGUCUGAGUAGAAUCAAGUUACUUCGAACGUGUAGAAGUUAGGCCAUGUAAUCUGUCACUCAGGUUCUGAUGUAUACCUGUUCUUUUGGUGCUCAGUUAAUGUGUAGCAAGUAGCAACCUUUCUGAUAGUUGAAAACAGGGAGGUAAUGGAUCUGAGUUCUGUCAAAGCCAUCCGUUAGUUGAGUUCCUCGUACAUGGAGAGCGUUUGUCUAUUUCGUUAAUUAUCAUUUUCCGUCGGAACUCCUAAUGGACUCUUCUCGCUAGCCACGAACCGCAGUUAUUUGCAGAUAUAGGAUUCAAAUAAGGAGGGGAUCGCAAAACCUAUUUAUUCUUUGAGUUCAGCUCAUUUAAAUUCAUUUUUUCUUAAUAGCAAAAUACAGAAUCCAUUCUUUUGUAUUCUUUGAUAUGUAAUAUUCUACAGUUGCAGAGUUUUUCAUGGCCCAAUUCGAGGGUCAGUUAUACAUUGAGAAUGAAAUGAACUCUUACAUUUUCCUUUUCUUCCAAAAUCUUUUGAUGACCAAGAGUUCACUACCUUAGCUGAUGUUAAUUUAGGUAUCAUACUGACCUCUCGAGUCUCUUAAAUCUACCAUUCUGUGUUUAGUAUCUUUUUUGUGUCUCGUCUGUUGUCCCAGCAAGUUGUCUGUCAAAGAAAAAAGAGAGGGGGAAAAGAAGUAUACUACUUCUUUCUCACAACAUUAAUCAUGGAAGAAACGUUUGUGCCCUUCCGUGGCGUAAAAAAUGAUCUUGAAGGCAGACUGUUGUGCUACAAACAAGAUUGGAUGAGUGGUUUCCGUUCAGGUUACAGGAUCCUCGCUCCCACGACAUACAUAUUCUUUGCUUCAGCAAUUCCAGUCAUAUCUUUUGGAGAGCAACUGGAGAGAAAUACAAAUGGAGCUUUAACUGCAGUGCAAACACUGGCAUCAACGGCGUUAUGUGGCAUCGUACACUCUAUUAUUGGAGGACAGCCACUGCUUAUACUUGGAGCUGCCGAGCCAACUGUGCUGAUGUACACGUUCAUGUUCAACUUUGCCAAGGACAGGCCAGAUUUGGGGCAGAAGUUCUUUUUGGCCUGGACAGGAUGGGUUUGUGUUUGGACAGCACUCCUGCUCUUCUUGCUGGCUAUUCUGGGUGCAUGUUCUAUUAUCAAUAGGUUCACCCGUCUUGCUGGUGAACUUUUUGGCCUGCUAAUAGCAAUGCUCUUUAUGCAGCAGGCUAUUCGGGGAGUUGUCGAGGAGUUUGGCAUACCGAAGAGAGAAAAUCCUAAGCAGAUUGCUCUCUUACCAUCAUGGCGCUUUGGAAAUGGAAUGUUUGCACUGGUUUUGUCCUUUGGCCUUCUUCUUACUGCAUUAAGGAGCCGUAAAGCAAGAUCAUGGCGCUAUGGAACAGGUUGGCUACGGGGGUUCAUCGCCGAUUAUGGGGUCCCGCUUAUGGUGCUUGUAUGGACUGCUGUAUCUUACAUACCAGUUAAAGAUGUCCCCAAUGGGAUCCCAAGGCGUCUCUUCAGCCCAAAUCCAUGGUCUCCUGGUGCUUACUCAAAUUGGACAGUUAUUAAGGACAUGGCAAAUGUACCACUGUUAUAUAUUCUUGGAGCGUUUAUUCCAGCAACCAUGAUUGCUGUCCUCUACUACUUUGAUCACAGUGUGGCAUCUCAACUUGCUCAACAAAAGGAGUUCAAUCUUAAAAAGCCAUCUUCAUACCAUUAUGACCUUCUUCUUUUAGGUUUCUUGGUCAUAUUGUGUGGUCUUAUUGGCAUUCCUCCCUCUAAUGGCGUCAUUCCACAAUCUCCAAUGCAUACGAAGAGCUUAGCUACCUUAAAGCAUCAGCUGUUACGCAAUAAACUUGUUUCAACAGCUCGCAAAAGCAUCUGUGAAAAUUCAAGCUUGAGUCAACUGUAUGGGAACAUGCAAGAAGCAUAUAAUCAAAUGCAGACUCCAUUAGUUUAUCAAACUCCACCUGGUCUGGGGCUUAGGGAGUUAAAAGAAUCUACAAUACAACUAGCUGUAAGUACUGGACACAUUGAUGCCCCUGUUGAUGAGUCAGUGUUUGAUGUGGAGAAAGAAAUUGAUGACCUUUUACCCAUUGAGGUCAAAGAGCAGAGACUUAGCAAUUUGCUUCAGGCCAUGAUGGUUGGUGGCUGUAUUGCUGCCAUGCCUCUGCUGAAGAAGAUUCCAACUUCAGUUCUUUGGGGAUAUUUCGCUUUCAUGGCCAUUGAAAGCUUGCCAGGGAAUCAAUUUUGGGAGAGGAUAUUGUUGCUUUUCACUGCACCAAGUCGAAGAUACAAGGUGCUUGAGGAAUAUCAUGCAACCUUUGUGGAGACUGUGCCCUUUAAGACAAUCACUACCUUCACUCUAUUCCAGACAGUUUACUUGCUCAUGUGCUUUGGCAUAACAUGGAUUCCAAUUGCUGGGGUCCUUUUCCCAUUGUUGAUUAUGCUACUAGUCCCAGUGCGACAAUACAUACUCUCUAAAUUUUUCAAAGUAGUCCAUCUUCAAAACUUAGAUGCAGCAGAAUAUGAAGAAGUCCCAGCUAUAACUUGUAAUAUUUCGCUUGAUGACCAAGAUGCUCAUACAAGAAAUGAUCAUACAAAUGGUGGGGAAGUUUUAGAUGGUAUCGUGACAAGAAGCCGUGGUGAGGUCCGUCAUAUAUACAGUCCAAAAGUAACAAGUUCGACUCCAUCUUCACAAGAUGGAAUAAGGCCCGUGUACAGCCCACGGGUGCCACAUAGGGCAUGCAGUCUCCAUGAGAGUGAACUAAGGGCAGAGCGAAGUCCAAGGUUCAGUUUUAAGUGUCCAGAUGCAAAGAAAACUCCUAGUCCUUAGCCAUUAGUGCUUGGUAAUGACUCUCAUGGUUCAACAUCAGUAUAAAAUCUAGAUACUUAGUCCAGGUAUGUUGUCAGUGAUGCUCGAGAGGUCUCCUUUUAAGCUAAUAUAACUUAGGUGUUAUCUCAUAAAUUAGUUGCUUUUCAUUUUGUGAGCUGUGACAAAAACAUAUGCCAUUCAGGUAGUACUGCCCCCUCUUGUGAGUUUUAUCUCCAAAAUAUAGUUUUUAAGGACAAAAAUAUAAUGAGAAAUUUGUUUCCAUUUCCUUAACAUUUGGCUAAAAAUGGUCCUCUUUUUCAUAUGUAUGCAUGAAGAGACUUGGUUCUUCU